UGCCAUAAUUGUAAUCCCUGUGCUACUCAAAGACAAAUCAAUUAUCCAGAUGCCAAAGCAAACUCCCAGAACAAAUGAACAACGUGACUGAAUUCAUCCUGCUUGGCCUGACACAGGACCCAGAUGUGCAGAAACUCUUGGGCGCUGUGUUUAUAGUCAUCUACUUUCUCACUGUGGCAGGCAACCUGCUCAUUGUCAUGACAAUCAACACCAGCAGAGCCCUGGUCUCCCCCAUGUAUUUCUUUUUGUCUUUCUUGUCCUUUGUAGACAGCUGCUGCUCUUCUACCAUGGCUCCCAAAAUGAUAUUUGACUUACUCACGGAAAAGAAAACUAUCUCCUUCAGUGGGUGCAUGACUCAGCUCUUUGCAGAGCACUUCUUUGGAGGAGUGGAAAUCAUCCUGCUCACAGUGAUGGCCUAUGACCGCUAUCUGGCCAUAUGCAAGCCCCUACACUACAGGAUCGCCAUGAACAGGCAAAUGUGCAGCCACCUGGUGGCCGUGGCCUGGGCUGGAGGAUUUUUUCAUGCUUUGAUUCAGAUUCUUUUUAUAGUCUGGUUACCCUUCUGUGGUCCCAAUGUCAUUGACCAUUUCAUCUGUGACCUGUUCCCUCUACUAAAACUCUCUUGCACUGACACUCACAUCUUUGGACUUUUUGUUGCUGCCAACAGUGGGCUGAUGUGUCUGCUCAUUUUUUCUAUUCUUCUCACCUCCUACGUCCUCAUCCUUUACUCCCUAAGAACUCACAGUACUGAAGGACAGCGUAAGGCUCUGUCCACCUGUGCCUCCCACGUUACUGUAGUUGUCCUAUUCUUUGUACCCUGUAUAUUUGUGUACCUUCGGCCCAUGGUCACCUUUCCCAUUGACAAAGCAGUGGCUGUGUUUUAUACUAUGAUAACACCCAUGUUAAACCCUUUAAUCUACACCCUCAGAAACUCAGAGGUGAAAAAAGCCAUGAGGAAGCUCUGGAGCCACAGAACAAUCUUGGGUAAUAAUUCAUGGGCCUAG